AUGAAUGAAAGACAAUCCCUUCAGGGCCUCCCUCAUGGUUUAUUUGGGAAAGAAAAGAAGGGCACAAUCACCACCUUGAUGGAAGCCACCCCUUCCUUCAAACAAGACACCUACUUGGUUUCCCACCUCAAGUCUUCAGAGAAGAAAGCACUGCAAGAGCUCAAGGAAAAGCUUCAAGCUUCUUCUGACACAAAAAGCCAUGCUUUUUCCAUGUGGGGUGUUCAUUUACUUGGUGAUGAUGAGAGUGCUAAUGUGUUACUAUUGAAGUUCCUGAGAGCCAGGGACUUCAGGGUCAACGAUGCUCUCAAAAUGCUUCUCAAGUGCUUGUCUUGGAGGUCAAAGUUUGGUGCUGACAACGUUGUGGAUGAAGACUUGGGAUUCAAGGAGCUUGAAGGGGUAGUGGCUUACACUCAUGGGUGUGAUAGAGAGGGACACCCUGUGUGCUACGAUGCUUAUGGAGUGUUCAAAGACAAGGACAUAUAUGAGAAAGUUUUUGGAAAUGAAGAGAAGCUAAACAAGUUCUUGAGGUGGAGGGUUCAAGUUCUAGAGAGAAGCAUUAAGCUUCUUCAUUUCAAGCCUUGUGGGGUUAAUUCUCUUAUUCAGGUCACUGACCUAAAGGACAUGCCCAAGAGAGAGCUUAGAGUUGCUUCCAAUCACAUUCUCUCUUUGUUUCAAGACAACUAUCCUGAAAUGGUGGCUCGUAAGAUUUUCAUCAAUGUGCCUUGGUACUUCAGCAUGUUGUACUCAAUGUUCAGUCCAUUUCUGACCCAAAGGACUAAGAGCAAGUUUGUGAUCUCUAAGGAAGGCAAUGUUGCAGAGACACUGUACAAAUUUAUAAGGCCCGAGGCUAUUCCUGUUGUGUAUGGUGGACUGAGUCGACCCAGCGAUUUGCAAAAUGGUCCCCCAAAACCUGCUUCUGAGUUCACAGUUAAAGGGGGAGAGAAAGUGAACAUACAAAUAGAAGGAAUUGAGAGUGGUGCAACUAUAACGUGGGACAUUGUGGUGGGAGGGUGGGACUUGGAAUACAGUGCUGAGUUUGUCCCAAUUGCACAAGGAAGCUACAUUAUAGCAGUUGAGAAGGCAAGGAAGAUUGAGGCCUCAGAAGAAGCAAUCCAUAACUCAUUCACGUCAAAAGAAGCUGGCAAAUUGGUACUAUCUGUUGAUAACUCUUCCUCAAGGAAGAAAAAAGUUGCUGCUUAUUGCUAUGUUGUCCGAAAAAGCAUUGAAGUGCAUUUAAGUCCCAAAUAA